CUGUCUCCUCCUCUGUCUCUCUCCACUUAUUCCAGUGGCUGGCGCUCAGACAGCCUCAGUGCGUUUUGUAGCGCUUUGAGGCAGAGCUCUGAGGCAGACAGCAUGCUUACACCUCGCAGUACCACUCCGCUGGCACUCUCCAUGUAGUUGCAACUGCAUACACUUAGCUCUUUCUCUCUCUUACCCACACACACACACUCACACACACAUCGGACUCGUUCAUCUCAUCAAGGGUAUUUAUUUCCUUUCCUCAGAUAGACAAGCAAGGUGGACAUUUUUGUAACUUUUUUUUUAUUUUAAGACUUUUCUGCUUUGCCGAUCUCUACACCUGCCCCGCCUCCUGGGGGGCGUCGCCCGCACGGCCGCAUGCAUGACACAGCGUCGAGGCGAAAAGCCCACCAUCAGCAUCCAGGAGCACAUGGCUAUUGACGUGUGCCCAGGCCCCAUCCAGCCCAUCAAGCAGAUCUCUGACUAUUUCCCCCGCUACCCGCGGGGUUUCCCUCCCACAGCCGCCCCGGUCCUGAGGCGCACCGGUUCACUGCGCUCAUCCUCCUCGUCCUCGUCUUCCGCCCCGGCCGCCACCUCCUCAGCCGGUGAGACGGGGCAAGAAAAGAACGACGACGGCGAUGGAGACGGAGACGACGACCUGGACCGGGCCUUCAGCACCACCUGCGCCCCUGCCUUCGCCACAGCCUCUGCCUCCGCCUUUCCUCCGCCCAGCAGGAAGGAAGAAGAACCCGAUAUGGAGGGCUACGACUCAGACGACUCCACCACUCUUGGCACUCUGGACUUCAGCCUGUUGUAUGAUCAAGAGAACAACGCUCUGCACUGCACCAUCAAUAAAGCAAAGGGACUCAAACCCAUGGAUCACAACGGGCUGUCAGAUCCCUAUGUUAAACUGCACCUGCUACCUGGAGCUAGCAAAGCCAACAAGCUCCGGACCAAGACUCUGCGUAACACCUUAAACCCUGUAUGGAGUGAGACACUGACCUACUACGGCAUCACCGACGAGGACAUGGUCCGCAAAACCCUCAGGAUUUCCGUGUGUGACGAGGACAAAUUCCGGCACAACGAGUUCAUCGGUGAGACACGGAUCCCCCUGAAAAAGCUCAAACCCAACCAGACCAAGAACUUCUACAACUGCCUGGAGAAGCAGCUGCCUAUCGACAAGACGGACGAUAAGUCUUUGGAGGAGCGCGGGCGCAUUAUGAUCUCGCUGAAGUACAGCUCGCAGAAGUGCGGCCUAGUAGUGGGCAUCAUCCGCUGCGCUCACCUCGCCGCGAUGGACGCCAACGGCUUCUCCGACCCUUACGUUAAAACAUACCUGAAGCCGGAUGAGAACAAGAAGUCAAAGCACAAGACUGCUGUCAAGAAGAAAACCCUUAAUCCAGAGUUUAAUGAGGAGUUCUUCUAUGAGAUCAAGUAUACAGAACUGAGCAAGAAGACCCUUGAGGUGACCGUUUGGGAUUAUGACAUUGGCAAAUCUAAUGAUUUUAUAGGUGGAGUGUCUUUAGGCAUCAACGCUAACGGAGAGCGCCUGAAACACUGGUUCGACUGUCUCAAAAACAAGGACAAGAAAAUCGAGCGCUGGCACACACUCACUAACGAACUCCCUGGUUCGGGCUUCAACGACUGAAUCCUGCCGCGCCAGCACCCGUUCCCUUUCCCUCCAGAACGUAACGCUCGUCACCUCCAACGCUACAGUCCAGAGAUGGGUACCAAAGUGACCUCUUUUUUUUUUUUUUUUUUCUUCUUCCCCCAAUAAUCCUUCCCUGAAUGUACUUCCCCUGGUGUUCACCUUACGGUUCCAUGUGGCUUUUGAGCUUCUCGAGCCAGCUUGUGUUGAUACUGUAUGAAGAGGUGUUUCUCCGUCCCUCUGCAAACAUUUAAAUACCUUGCUGUUCUCUCUGCUUCUCUCUGAUGUUCACUAAAUAUUCCAGAAUAUUGUUUACACCAGAUGUUCAGAAGAUCACCUCAGAUCAAGGGCGAGGUUAGACCCGGAAGGAUUUCAGAGAGAGACUGAGGAGAGAUCGAUUUGUUUACAUCUAGAAUCCAGUUCGUAGUUUGUACUCCUGACCACAACGACACAACAAAAAAAAUCUCUUCUAUCAUGCUACACUAUGAUAAGACGGUUUGAUGGAUUUUUUUUUUUCAGAUGAUCUAUUUUUAUUCCAUUUUAUUCUCUUAUUAGCUUCAUUGCGGAAUGUUUUCUUUAUCCACGUCGUUGAGAAUGUGACUCCUGUUUACAUAUUAAAAAAAAAAAACGUUCGAGAUGCCGCCAAGAAUACGGAGAGAUUCCACUCCAGGUAUACGAUUGUAGAUCCGGACCGUCAUACUGGGAAUGUACAGUACAGUAACGUAGGUGUAGAUGUUCGUUCAGAUUUAUACGUUCAAUAAUGUUUCCUAGAACCAUGUUGAAUGUAAGGGUUUAAAAAAACAAAGAAAAAAAAAACUAGCAUCUCUACACACUGCUGUUUUAUAUAUAUAUAUAUAUAUAUAUAUAUAUAUAUAUAUAUAUAUAUAUAUAUAUAUAUAUAUAUAUAUAUAUAUAUAUAUAAAAUAUUUACAUACUAAAGAGAUCUGGCACAAUCUAAAAUAUUUAGCAUGCAUGGAUUUCAGUGGUUUUUCUUAGUUGUUAUUACUGGACUUUUAAAUCGUAUUUAUUUCUAUAUUUUAUUUUAUUUUAUUUGUGUGUGUGUGUGUGUAGUACAUUUUAAAUUGACGUGGAUGUCCACUUUCGAGUAGUUUUUAGAGCUCUAGAAAUGUCAUAACCUUCAUAUGCCCAGGCAUGUGUAUCUGAGUACGUCAAUCCUUUGCUUCAGAAAAGCAAAUCUUCUAUCAAAGCACUCGGUGCAACAGCCAGAUUUGUGACAUCUUUUGUAAUCCGUUGCCUUUGUAAUCUACGGUGUAAAAAAUAAAUAAUAAAUGACAAAAAUAAAUGCAUGCAACGUUCUUAAAUCCUUCGUUAAAUCCGACUUUGCUUAACGCCCUUUGAUGGACUUAAUGUUUGAUACUCUUCUGUAAAAGAGAAACGUCCACUAAAAGCUAAAAGAUCAUGGAAUGUUUGUGUUUUUUCUUCUUGGGCGUUUUUUUUGUACCCUCGAACUCUGUCUCAUUGCCUAUUCCGGCUGCUCUAACAUCUGGAAACGUGAUCGCAUGUAACAGGAAAAAAAAAUGUCUUGAUUUGUUUCUUUUUUUUUUUCAAUCUCAGGCAAUUGUUUGCAUUUCCAGUGGUUCUCAAACAAAACCGAUAUGUUCCUAGUCCUCAUUCACCGUCACUUGCACCGAGCGGCAGAAUUAUCGUGCCUUUUCUUUUCUAACAGUGUUGUGGUUUUCGUUUUUUGUUGGGUUUUUUUGGUGUGUGUGGGUGUGUGUGUUGUUUUUGCACCUCUCACUUUACAAGGAUUCCUAGACAGAAAUUAGCUUUUAAUAUCUGGCAUAUUUCUAUUCCUGUUUAAGUCGGUAUAUUGUAUCAGUCGGAAUAUUAUCACUGGACGAGACACUGGGUGUGGGUGUGGGUUUGUGUGGUUGGGGUGCUAGGUUCAAGUGGAAGACGUUUAAAGUGUGAAAGAAAGACACAUUCUGGUUUCUCUCUUUCUCUUACUUUAGUUUUUUUUUAAUAUCACUGCACAUUAAACUACAAAAGGGAAACAUGCACUAUUUAUAGAAAUAUUACCCACAAGACACAAAUACUUCUUAGGCUUCUUAAAUGAAUGAUUGAAUUUUUAACACUAUUACACACUUUCGAAUUUGGAACAAAAAAAGAAAAAGAAAAAAGAAAAACAACAAACACCGGAAACCAGAACGUGUCGUUCCCUUUAUGUCUGUUUUAAGUAUUAUCUCUUGCCUGUUUUUUACUCUGGCGAAGGCUGUGCUAUUUCUAUAUGUUCUGAUUUGGAGAAACCGUGUCUAAUAAAGUAGAGAACCGACCUGUAA